AAAAAAGAUAACGUUAUCGUGCUAGCGGAACCAUAGCCGUGGGUUUAUUGCAGCCCGAGUUUUUCACCGUUGCACCACUGAUGUAACUUGAAUUUCCUGAUUGGUAAGGGUCAUGGGCACAGAGUUUGUGUAGAGUCCAGUCUGCGAAGCUGAAUUGUUUUUUCCCAAUCACUGAAAUUGAUGAAAUGAUGUUGCGAACGCUGUGUCGGACCGGCGGGGCCCUUCUUCAGCAAACUCAGCGGGCCGCGCCGAGGUUGUGGGUGACACCCGCCCAGCAGCGAUGGGCGUCCAGCCUGCCCAUGAACACCGUGGUCCUGUUUGUGCCCCAGCAGGAAGCCUGGGUGGUGGAGAGAAUGGGUCGCUUCCACCGGAUCCUAGAGCCGGGUCUAAACUUCCUCAUACCCAUACUAGACCGAGUGCGCUACGUGCAGAGCCUCAAAGAGAUUGUCAUUGAUGUUCCGGAGCAGUCUGCAGUAUCUCUGGAUAAUGUAACACUACAGAUUGAUGGAGUUCUUUACUUAAGGAUCCUAGACCCUUUUAAGGCCAGUUACGGUGUCGAGGAGCCAGAAUAUGCCGUGACACAGUUGGCACAGACCACCAUGCGUUCAGAAUUAGGCAAACUCACACUGGACAAAGUGUUCAGGGAAAGGGAGUCCCUCAAUUCCAACAUCGUCCACUCCAUCAACCAAGCUUCAGAUGAGUGGGGGAUCCGUUGCCUCCGUUAUGAAAUCAAAGAUAUACAUGUUCCACCUCGUGUCAAAGAGUCCAUGCAGAUGCAGGUGGAGGCCGAGCGUAAGAAGAGAGCCACGGUGUUGGACUCUGAAGGGAUGAGGGAAGCGGCCAUCAAUGUCGCUGAGGGUCAGAAACGAGCUCAGAUUCUGGCCUCGGAGGGUGAAAAAGCGGAGCAGAUCAAUAAAGCGGCCGGUGAGGCCCAGGCAGUUCUGGCCCGAGCAGAGGCAAAAGCCAAGGCUAUCUGUAUGCUGUCAGAUGCUCUGGCCCAGCAGAACGGAGACGCGGCGGCCUCGCUAAGCGUAGCCGAGCAGUAUGUGUCUGCUUUCUCCAAACUCGCCAAAGAGUCCAACACCAUCCUCCUGCCCUCUAAUACUGGGGACGUUAGCGGAAUGAUCACACAGGCUAUGACCAUUUACAGCACGAUGGCAAAGAGGGGUCCAAAAGCCCCAGAAGAGGGGCAGCUGAAGAGUGAAGACCACGCGAACCAAUCGUCUCAAUAGCAGAGGACUCGGCGAAUGAACUCAAAGCAGUAAAAUGUCACCGAAGCAGAAAACAGUUUGGGUUUCAGUUAUCGGGUGGGGGCUCCAAGGCAUCGCUGUGUGAUGGUCACAUACCCACUCUGCUGAUCAACUUUACAAACCUUCUUUUGUAAGAGGAUUUUUAAUCUUCGCUGUAUUUUUAUGUCCAGAUAUUGUCCGAUUGGAAAGUUCCCACCGGCCUUCAACCAAAUAUACUCACACCAGUGACUUGGCAGGCUGACAAAACGGAGAAAUUGAUGACAGGUUUUGGGAUGUAUCAGCUGCUGUGGCCAUGGAUGCAGAAAUAAGCCCUGCGCAGUGUGCAGGAUAUGAUUUCUAAGUCAUAUGUGGGCAAUGGCGUUCCUGCAUCAGAUCUGUUGCGUGUGGUUUAUAUUUGUGCAUUUGUGCAUAAACCCUAUUAGAAUUGGCUGUAAAGGGUUUUGAUUUUACGUUAUGGAAGUGAAAGACACGAUUGUUUUGAAUGUUUUCUUCCUUUUGCGAGCUGUUUUUCAGGGCCGCUCAACAUUCAUUCAUUUUGCUGUGUUAGGUCAGGAGCCAUCUGCUUUGUUAAAGGUCCCAUGACAUGGUGCUCUUUGGAUGCUUUUAUAAAGACCUUAGUGGUCCCCUAAUACUGUAUCGCAAGUCUCUUUCCCAAAAUUCAACCUUGGUGCAGAAGUACAGCCUGAUGUCUGUCUCUUUCUCACGGGUGGGCCAAAUUCUCUGGGCGGACCGGGCAGAGAAAGGGAAGGUAACCUUGCCCCUUAUGACCUCGUAAGGAGCAACAUUCCACAUCGGCCCAUCUGAGUUUUCAUUUUCUCAAAGGCAGAGCAGGAUACCCAGGGCUCGGUUUACACCCAUCACCAUUUCUAGCCACUGGGGGCGCCAUAGGCAGGCUGGGGGAACACAUAUUAAUGUUCAAAAACCUCAGAAAGUGACAUUUUCAUGCCAUGGGACCUUUAACGGCUUGUUUACAGACAUCAGCGAGAAUUCCUCAACUCUGUUCAGCAUCACUGGGACCAGCGACUUCAAGUUGCUACACGUGAUGCCGCGAAAUGGUGAAAGAUUUCCCAAAGUGUAGUUAAUUCACAACUUGGCCCUGUGGUUUAAUUAAAAAAAACAUCUCCCUGAAACAGCUAAUCCAGUAUUUAUUUAGAAAUAUUUUCUGAUAUUAUUCAUAAGCUGUUCCUUUUCGACAACUAGUUCAUUUACAAAGACAUCCCUUAUGCUAUGUUCAUUUUUGUAUUCACCUCGUAUGUCUUAUGGAACUUAUGUUUUUAAUGUCAUGGUUCUCUGGAAAGACGGCAAGUUUGUCACGUCAUAGCCUUCACUGGUGUUUACAGGUUUAUACUAAAUAAUGCAAAAAUU